AUGGGGAGCCUAACAGAAGAAGGAAUAAACAUUGAACAAAAGACAGGAUUGACCCACGUUUCUGGCUGUUAUUGCAAAGCCUCACACCCUAAGCAGCAGACUCAAGCUGAAACAAGAAAGAAAGUCUCCAUUUCUAUGACAACAAGGCUUGAAUAUCUAAACAAGAAGCUGGAACUGUCCCGUGAUGAAACAGAGAAAAAAAUGUUCACAAAGCAAAUUGGAGAAACCGAGCGAGAAAUGGACACCAUCAACCAGAUGUCGCAACGCCAGUUGUUGGGAAAUAGGUUUGAUGACCACGACUGGAUAAAGAUUGCCAAUAUUGAUUUUGAUGGUACUCGCAAGGCUGAAGAUAUUAAAAACCUCUGGCAGAAUUCUGAACAUCCAAGCAUUAACCAAGCAGAGUGGAGUAAGGAAGAAGUGCAGAGAAUGAUUGAGAUCGCCGAGCAGCAUGGCUGUGUGGACUGGGAGUGGAUCACAAGUGAGCUGCAGACGAACCGUACAGCUUUCAUGUGCCUUCAGAAAUACCAGGAGUUUAACAAGGAACUAAGGAAGAAAGAAUGGACUGAGGAAGAAGACCACAUGCUGACGGAGCUAGUGCAGAAGAUGAGAGUUGGAAACUUCAUUCCGUACACCAAGAUUGCGUAUUUCAUGGAGGGGCGGAAUAGCAGCCAGCUGCUGUACCGCUGGUCAAAGUCAUUGGAUCCCUCAGUGAAGAAGGGGCCAUGGACACGCACAGAAGAUGAGCUACUCCUGAAGGCAGUGGCGAAAUAUGGAACCCGGGAAUGGUUCAAGAUCCAGGAAGAGGUCCCUGGGAGGGUUGAUGCUCAGUGCAGGGGCAGGUUCCUGAACACUUUGAACCAUAAUCUCCGGAAAGGAAGGUGGUCACCUGAGGAAGAGAGAGAUUUCAGGGAGCUGCUUGCAAAACAUGGAGUAGGUAGAUGGUCCAAGAUAGCUGCAGGGUUGGUCGGUAGAACAGAAGCUCAGUGUUUGCACAAAUGGAAAGCAAUAACGGGCAUUAAGGCCAAGGAAUGGGCCCGGUCUAAACUUCGGAGAAAGGGCAAGCUGAAACGCAUUAAAAAGAAGCGACGGGAAACUAGUUCUGAGUCUUCGGAAUUCUCCUCCGACAAUAUUGAACUCAUGGAGUCAGAGGAAGAGCAGGAGCAGCAGCAGCAGCAGCAGCAGGAGGAGGAGGAUUCUGAAGAAUCCGAGGAAGCAGAACAGGAAAAACAGGAGGCAAGCUGUUGGAAUCCAGCCAAGUCUUUGGUGCUGGAUGUGGACCGCUGGGUACCAGUUGUAGAAAACGAGCAAGCGCUAGCUGAUAAAUCAGAAAGCUGCCGGGCUAGUGGUGCAGUGACCCUGAAGAUUGAAGCUCCGAGCCGCCUCGGGAGACCCAAAGCAAACAGGUUUUGGGGGCGGUUGUCUUGCCGAGCCAGUGCUGUUCCAAACGCUAAUAAAACAGACAAGAAAGAAACAGUGAGGGAACUAGCUGCACAAAGUGGAGUGCCAGCUCCAGCAACAUCCACCGAAACUGCUGCACACCCAACAGUGAAAGAAGUCUCCCGGAAACCCCUGCGAGUUCGGAGGGGAUCUAAGAGGACGGUGCGCCAGAUCUGCAGGGUAAAUCUGGAGAAGAAGCUCAUUGCGGAGAUGUGUCGUUGGACUGCAGCUAAGAUGGUCAAUCGGAGAGAAGCUGACAUUGUACGAGAGAGGCUGGAAGCUACUGGUUUAAGCACUACGCCUGUUUUUACGCUCUUGGUACAGUUAUUUCGGAUUGACAAAGAAGGUUGCAUGCAGUUCCUAAAAAAGAUGAAUGAGGAUACCCAAAGUUUGUCCGAAAAGGAGCAGCGUGGUAACAAACCGAGGCAAGACCCCUAUUGCCUGCAGCAGGUAAAAGACAGUGUCAUCAGCGUGGGCAGCAAAGACACCAUGGAGGUCAGUCACUUUAAACUGGCUGCCCCACCGCCAGUAAAUAAACCAAAGACAGUCCUCCAGUUACUCACUGAGAAGCGGAAAGCCCAAGCUGCUGGUGCUGUGCCACAGUCUGUGGCCUCCCUGGCUCAGCUGGCAGCCUCGCUGAGCGAGGAGGCUGGGGGCUGUGCCUCUGAAACACACAAACAAUCUGCUGAAAUCAAAUUGCGGAGGAGGAAGAGGCGCAAAUUGAAACCCAGGAACCAUUCUUCAGUCCAAGGGGUUACACCUGACAAGGCAACACCCAAUGCAACAGUGCAGCCACAGGUAUUGGAACAGAGCUCCCCAGCAGCAGCACCACAGAGCAGCCAGACCCAGCCAGCUGUCUCCUCAGCCAUGAGUGCUGCUACUGUUAAACCUGCUGCUGCCAGCACCCAACGUAGGCUGAAGCCCAUUGCCCCAAUGCCACCGGCUCCAGCCCUGGUGCUACCUGGUGGCAUGGUGGUUCAGCUGAUGCUCCCCAAUUCUACUGUGCCUGUCAUGGCAGUUCUCACCCCUAAUGGUUUGUUCUGUGUCCCUCCAGGCUCAUUCGCAGCUCAGCCCAGCCCGAACCUCCCACCUCCAGCCACCGGCCAGGCUAUACCCUCCUCUUCUCAGCAAGCUGACACGAUGGGGCUGCCUGUGGUAACAUCCUCCAGCACAGUGUCAGUGUCCAGUGUAGCUCAGGCACCAGCCAAUUGCAGCCCUGCAAGUGGUCAGGCAGCAGCUGAUGGCCGUGCUGUUGCAUUAUUGCCAGCUACCUCCUUAAGCCAGACUGUGGCCUUCCCUUCACCAGCAAUUCAAACACCAGCAGCUGCUCACAAAGCUUCAGCCCACACUGUGGCACUAACUGCUGUUCUCCCCAAUCCAACCAAUCUCCGUUUACCAGCGGCCAGCUCCGUCAAUCAGAAUCUCCCCAGGCCCCUUGUUCAGGGAGGAGGUUUGUUACUGACUCCAGGAGUUCCACCUACAGGCCCCAGGUUCUUAACACAGCACCAGGAAACCCUGAGCAGACCACAGCCGAGCAAACACACUGUCGACUUUAGUCUUUUGUCCUGUGAGCAAGAAGCAGUAAUGAGAGAGUGGCUACAAGGCAAGGGUGGUGUGCAGGUGCCAGGCAUGUCUGCUACGCUGCCAUACCUGCCCCCCUUUUCUUCCACACUAAGAACAUUCUCAAACCUACUGCUGCACAAGAAGGCCCUAGAACAGAAUCUGUCAGGCUUUGGAGCUCCUGAUGGAACUGACCGUAAAGAGAGACUCGAGGCAGCUAGGGUCCUGGUAACUGAGCGUCUGCAAAAUGACUCAACCUACCAGCUCCUGAAAUCCCGGUUCCUUUCCGUGUUCGCACUGCCAGCGUUCCUAGCUACACUGCCACCUCAUGGAACCCGGACCACAGUCAACCCAUCGAUGGGAGCCCCUGACCAGAGCUCUGAGGGAGAGAGUGAAUGCAUGGACACUGAUGGAGAGACUGAGGACAGUGCUGCAGACCCUCGUGAGCGGUCUGCUGCAGAUGAAGUGGCCAGCAGAGAGUUACAUCAACCCUUUGAAGUCUCCUUCACUGAUCUGUCAUUUGGCUAUAACUUGUCAGGCAGCCUGGAAACAGUGGAAGAGCAGCCUCCCUCAGAACAGCCCUCUGCCCCAGAACAAACUAUUGCCCCCACAAGUGAAACAGAAGUGGUGUCCAGAUGGAACCUCCGGCCAAGGAAAAAACGCUGAGUGAUUGCCCUGGGGAUGAAAUGGAGAAGACCUCCCAGGUUUAUGGAUGGUUUCCCCUCACUGUGUUUGGAAACAAGAGCAGGAUGGAGGACUGCUUCCCUCGAUUGCUGAAUCCAAAUUGAUCAACAGACACAGCGUACAAACAACUGGAGGAAGGGGAUUCACUAAUUACUUUUAAUGUUCUCAAUGUUUUAGUCAUGAGGAAUGGACUGUUAGUGUUUUCUGGAGUUAAAUUUUGAGGUGCAGUAAAUAAUGCUGUUCAGAAAGGUAGUGACAAAACUGCACAUCAUCACUAUCAUCUCCCUGGGCCCUCUUUAAUUGAAUUUGUUCUCAUUGCUGUAGCACAACAUAUUAUGUUUUAUUAAAAGUUAUUUUAUUAAUUACAAA